AUGUCAGACCACGAAGAAUCCGCUGCCCAGUCUGGGUACGAUACUCCCGUCCCGGAGCUCGAUGAUCACCGCCACCAGUCAGGUUCAACCAGAGUUGAGCGCCCUCGCCGUGGCACUUUCGACAGUCUGUAUGGUGCCCGACAGCUCGAACCUGAGCCACCCGCCCCUCCUGCGAUUGUAGUUCGCGACUUCGAGGAGGCCAUCGUCGAUGAGGAAGUCGGUGAUCUAUCACCCACUGCUCGUCGCAGUCGCCGACCUACUGUGGAUUCCACGGAUCGAUCUGUCUCGCCACCUAACUCGGUUAAGGCGUUUGCCCAGGCUCGCCGUCGAGAGCGGGACAUGUCGUUCUCGGAACCCAACAAGCCUGAUAUCGAAGAUGUAGCCAGUCGAGCCAUGUCUAUCUCGAGCAAGCGCAGCUACCGAAGCAAGCCCCGCACCAUCGACAAUGAUGCUGCUAGCCUGUCAACCAACACAACUGCGGAGGAGGAUGUUUGCUUCCCUGUCAAGGAGAGUUAUCACAAGGACCACCUGUAUAUUGACUUUGACUACCUUGAGAACUUCAUCAAUGAGCAGGCAGCUGAACGCGCGGCAGAGCGAGCGGCAGAGCGCAACGCUGCGGCUGCCGAGAAGCAGAGCUUUGAGGAUAUGCGAACUCAGCAGAAUGAAUCGCGCCUUCAGCGGAUGGUCACUGUUGAUGGUGAUAUCCUGGAACCUGUCUCGGAUGACUCGAUGACCCGUGAGAAGACGAACCAGACGGCGCAGACUCAUGCCGAGGGGUCAAUUGCUGAAAAGCAGCCUGCGCCUGUCGACCCCAACCGGUUCAGUUUCUUCUCUUCGGCAUGGGAGUCAACUAUCCACGCAGCCGAUUUUGGCGAUCUGGUUCUCCCAGGAGAAGACCUUCGAGGCCUCUUCGAGCUUCCUGAUGAAGACGAAGAUGGUGUCUGGUGGCUCAACGUCAAUGCGGCUUCCAAGGAGGAGGUCCAGAGCAUUUGCAAAGCUUUUGGAAUCCAUCCUCUGACAAUUGAGGAUAUUAUCACUCAGGAAGCUCGCGAGAAGAUUGAACUCUUCCCGUCGUACUACUUUGCCUGUUUCCGUUCUUUCUCAGUUGUUCAGGAGCCUGAUGGCAUUGAGUAUGAGCCUUUCAACACCUAUGUCAUCGUGUUCCGCGAGGGCACCCUGAGCUUCAGCUUUGAGCCUAACUCGCACGCGGCUCAGGUUCGCAAGCGAAUCACUGCUCUCAAGGAUUAUGUCUCUCUCAGCAGUGACUGGAUCUGCUAUGCUUUGAUUGACGACAUUGUUGAUUCCUUCGGACCUGUCAUUCGCCAGAUCGAGCUUGAAGCGGAUGCUAUUGAAGACGAGGUGUUCGUCAUGCGUGAGGAUGAUUCCAACUCGUUCCUCCGUCGCAUUGGCCGGGUUCGCAAGAAUUGUCUGGCCCUGCUUCGCCUCCUCGGUGGCAAAGCAGAUGUUCUCCGUGGCUUCACGAAGCGAUGCAACGAGAACUACAAGGUCACGCCACGGAUGGACAUCGGCAUGUACCUUGGUGACAUCCAGGAUCACGUUGUGACCAUGGCCACCAACUUGGGACACUUCGAAAAGAUUUUGUCUCGCGCACACAGCAAUUAUCUUGCUACGGUUUCCAUCAACAGCAUCGCGCAAGGAACGCAUACCAACGAGGUUCUGAGCAAGAUCACUUUCUUGGCCUCGAUCCUGGUCCCCCUUAACUUGGUCAGCGAUACUGUUUAUAGAGAGCUUCAUGGCGCUGAGUCGUCUGUCUUGAGCUAUAUCGCUCAACAAUUGUCCAUCGAUAACGCCGACCUCGAGAAGCUCAACGACAAGGAUCGCCUCGAGCUUCGCCAGUUCCUCGCCAACGAGCAGCAGCGCUCCCAGAUCCAAGCCCGUACGCACAACACCGAGGAAGACGCAAUAGAAUACGGAAUCGCUGAUGAAAUGUCUCUAGAAACACAUAGCUUGACCCAAAUGUGCUGGACCAAGUGCGUUCCUGGAAACAUCAAGAACCCCAAGCUUGACAAGUCCGAGGAGACAUGUCUCGCCAACUGCGUCGAGCGAUUUCUUGACGUCAACUACCUUACGAUGAAGCACCUCAACGGCAUGCGCAACUAA